AUGGAGCUCGCGCCGUUGAAAUCAUGGAUGGGAAGGUGUGAGAAUAUUGGGGAAGAUGGCGAGAAGACUGCGGGGAGUUUGCCGGCGAGAGGAAAGGAGAUACUGUAUUUGUCUAGGUUUUGGAUAUAUAUAAACACAAACGGGUGGCGGCGGCCUGAGCUAUUCCAUCGUCGCUUCAUCCUCCGGCCACUAGAAGGUAAAGAUUCAACUGCUCCACACCGCCCGUACUUCUUCCUCCUCACCAUCUCUCCGCGCGUGAAUGAUUUGAUGUUAGGUAUCUUCUCCCUGUUGUUUCGAGAUAACUAUGAAGAGGAAAUUGAUAAGAUGACUAUUCUCAUACAACAAGUUAAUGAGGGCUGGUCAUAUCUAGUACCUAAAGAAGUUAAAGAGGACUGCUACCUACAGCCGACUGUUCUGAAGGAAGAGAAUGCCCGUAAGAGAAAGUCGAAUGAUGUGGGAUGGGAGUAUGGGAGUCUAGCCGAUGUUUCCAACAAGGACAAAGUGAAGUGUUUGUUUUGUAACCAUGUGAUCAUUGGAGGUGUUUAUCGUCACAAGCAGCAUGUGGCUCACGUUGGUAAUUUUGUGGCUAAAUGCAAGAAAAGCUCACAGGAAGCUAAAGAUAGGUGCAAGAAAUCUCUUGAGGAGGCAUCUAAGAAGAGGAGGGAAAAGACUUCCCGUGAUCUAGAGCUCAGAGAAGGCGUGAAUAUUUCUCGUGUUGGAGAUGCUUAA